AUGGACACCCAUAAACUAUCACUACACAUUUGCAAUUCAAUAAAGCAGUACAUAAUAGACUUAGAAUCUGUUUCACAAACAGUAAGGACACAAUACGAAAAGAGAAACAAUCUGAAAACGAGAUUAGCAUUAAACUUAGGAUUGCAAACUAAAUUGAAAAUUGUUACACUGCUCUUAUUACUGAUGAGCCAGAAUUCGAAUUGCAACGGAUUUGGAAGCAGAAAUUCUAUGCUACGGACGAGAGUGAUUGGGACAAGGUACGGAAAACUGCAAGGUGUAAUUCUCCCAAUGGAUCAACAUAAGUACUUAAAACCCGUCGAGGCGUAUCUUGGUGUUCCUUACGCUACACCUCCAACGGGUUCAAACAGAUUCGCACCAACUCGAGCGCCAGCACCUUGGGAUGACGUUAAAACUGUCGACCAGAUGGGACCGGUCUGUCCGCAAAGACUACCAGAUAUCUCCAAUGAGACAUUGGUUUUAGAAAGAAUGCCCAAAGGCAGGCUGGAGUACUUGAGAAGAUUACUGCCGCGGCUGAAGAACCAGAGUGAAGACUGUCUUUAUAUGAACAUUUAUACACCCGUGCAAGGUAAUGAUUUUGAAUUAUAA